AAAACGCAAACUCUAGUAAAUGAAAUGACAGCCAGCUGUCGAGUUGUCAAAAAAUGUCAGCCAACAAGGAAAAUAACCUUGUUCAGGCAUACGUAGAAUUAAAUAAAUUUUGCCAAAGCAGCGAUUAUGAAAGGGCUUUAAAAGCAGCAGGAAAAGUCCUGCAAAUAGCACCAAAUGAGCAAAAAGCAUUUCACUGCAAAGUUAUCUGCUUCAUCCAACUUCACAACUUCAAGGAAGCUCUUACAGUUCUCUGCAAUGCCAAGAAUGCAUCGCUGGCCAGCGAGCUUGUCUUUGAGAAAGCGUACACACAGUACCGGCUCAACUGUCCCAAGGAGGCUUUGGAGACUGUUGACAGUGCUCCGGAGCUAACCCCAGCUUUAAAAGAACUCAGGGCUCAAAUUUUAUACCGUCUGGAGCAGUACCAGGACUGCUACAACCUUUACAGAGAUAUAGUGAAGAACACCACAGACGAUUAUGAGGAUGAGAGGAAAGCUAAUAUGUCUGCUGUUGUUGCUAACUUAGCUGCAUUGAACCCAUCCACAGAUUUACCAUCAUUUGAAGAGAACACCUAUGAACUGUCGUACAAUGCUGGCACGAAGCUUGCCAUGGUUGGCAAAUACAAUGAAGCAUUGCCAGUGCUGAAGAAAGCUGAACAGGCUUGCUCGGAGAGUGUCUUAGAAGACGGUGGCACUGAGGAAGAGGCUAAAGAAGAAGCUGCUAUUAUUAGGGUGCAGCAAGCAUACUGCCAACAGCAAAUGGGCAAGGAGAAAGAAGCUGCCGCUCUGUACCAGAAUGUGUUGAAGGACAAGCCCUCCGACCAGGCUCUCACCGCCAUUGCGAGCAACAACCUGGUUGUCAUCAACAGAGAUACCAACGUGUUUGACUCUCGCAAGCGCAUGAAGGCGGCGACACAGGACGGGCUGGAACACAAGCUGAACUCACGACAGCGCGCUAGCAUCGCGUACAACCAGGCCAUUCUCGCCAUAUACUCCAACCAGCCGGACUUUUGCAAGCAGUGCUGCGUGAAGCUGUCCCGCGAGUUCGGCCAAGAGCGCAGAGCCGCUCUCGUGGAGGCGUCCUCUCUCGUCAAGGAAGGCAAGCGCGCGCAGGCGGUGGCAUUGCUACUCAAACAUGGCGGCUCGCUUACUCUUGCCGCUGCGCAGGUCCUGUUGGCGCAGGGUGAUCGUAAAGCGGCAGUGAAGCUGCUGGAGGAGAGCGAGUACAGGUACCGGCCGGCGGUGGUGGGGCUGCUGUGCACCGUGCUCACGGCCGACAACGACUGCGAGAAGGCCUCCAGGAUGUUCAUCGACGUGUACGAGCACUACAAGAACGAUAGUGAGAAGCUGCUCUCGCUGCGCAACAUGUGGCGCGCGGCGGCCGAGGCGCACCAGCGCGCCAACAACGCGGGCGCCGCCGCCGCCGCGCACGAGGCGCUGGCGCGCGCGGCGCCGGGCGACAAGCGCAGCCUCGCGCGCCUCGUCAAGGCGCUGGGCGGCGACCCCGAGCGCGCCCGGCAGCUGGCCGCCGGCCUGCCGCCCGUAUCCGAGCUGGAGGGAAAAAUCGACGUGGACGCGUUGGAGUCCUCGAAAUGGAUGAUGGGAGCCAAGGUUGUGAAGAAAACUGUUCAGAGCAAGCAGGAACAGUCUCCCGGAACGCCGGGGUCUGAGCUGGGUCAGAAGACAAAGGCGAAGCGGAAACGCAAGACCAAGCUGCCUCCCAACGCAGACCUCUCCAGACCUCCGGACCCGGAGAGAUGGUUGCCCAAAUACGAGCGCACCGCGUACCGAAAGCGGCGCGGCAUACGGCGUGACGUCAUCAAGGGCAGUCAGGGGAUGACCACCACCGCCGUCGACCAGUAUGACAUGAGCAAACAAACCCCGAGCGCGACGGCGGCGGCGGCCAAGAGUCCGCGCGUGGAGGCCAAGCCGACGGACGGCGCGACGGCGUGGCAGCGCAAGCAGCAGCAGAAGAAGAAGGGCAAGGGGAAGGGGAAAUGGUAGACUAUACCGCAUAUUAUAUAAAUAUUAUACAUUUUAUAUCUAUA